CGCGUUAACCCACCACGCACACGGCACACACCUUGCUCUGAUUUCGAUUUUAUUUUUCCAUUGCACACUCUCUGUUUGUCGAAAAUCUUCUGAGAGAGUGGGUUGCAAUUGCAAGAAAGAUCAAUCAAUUGCUACUGUGCACGAGCCUUCGUCUCGCCAGCAAAGAUCAAUACCCUCACUCCCCACUUCGCUCAUUCUCCUCCUCUCUUUCGGCUUUAAAUAUGGCGGACUGUGUAGACGACGCUGAGUUCUGGUUGCCCCCAGAGUUCCUAACCGACGACGACAUCUUCUUGGAGAAGAAACCGCACCAGAUGGGCAAGAAGAAGGGCGGGCAAGACGUUCUUGCUCUGGAUAACGCCUUGGCUGCCAAGUCCCUCUUCAACUUCGACUUCCCUUACGGGUUUGGCUCCUUCGGCGUGUCUUCGGAUCUCAGUUCCCCUGUUGAGUCGGUGGUCGGCUCAACCGAAACGGAGAGCGACGAAGAGGACCAUCUCGCUGGGUUGACCCGACAAAUGGCUCAGGCUCACACGACCCUGGAAGACGAUUUCGCCAGAAGCGACUGGUUGUUCGGCGCCGGAAACGCCAAGGGUCGGGUUUUGUCCGGAUCCCCUCAAUCCACGCUCUGUGGGGUUGGAAACGGUUGUGGGUGCAAAUUAAGUCUGAACCGGCCAGUCAAAGUCUCUCUACUCUACGCCGCCGCCGGCGAAGUAGCGAAGAUGAAAAUCAACGGCGGAGGAGGAGCAAGUGGCGGUUGCGACGUUGCUUUUAACGACCAGAGCAGGGGACUAUUGGGAGGACCACCCGCAACACCACAGUUGCCGGUCACUGUCCCGGUGAAAACGUCCAACACUAACGCUGAUGUUGGGUUUUAUCCGCACCAGUCGCUGUCUUACCAGCAGUUGCAGGCAUCUCAAUUUCAGCAGCUGAGGCAGCAGCAAAUGAUGAAGCAAUACAAGUCUGCAAUUUGGGCGGCACCGCAGAAUGAUAAGGCGGUUGGGAUUGGAGUAUACCAACAACCACUGGUGCAGCAACAGAACAGGGGAAGGAGUAAUAAUAACGGGAAGCCUCUAGGUUUAUCUGCCUCCGCCUGGCCUUGUUUGCAGCAGCCGCAAGUAGGCGGUGGUUCUGGUAUGCGGGCGGUUAAUCCUGGCGGGAAAAGUGAAUGCGCGGGUACUGCUUGUUCCACGACGGUUCUACUUCCUGCGAGAGUGGUGCAGGCCUUGAAUCUGAACUUGGACGAAGUUGGUGUCCAGCAACCGUAUCAGCCUUGUUUGGGGUUUGAUAAGGAUGCAACGACCUUAAGGAACAAUCAUCCCAGUAGUGGUGGUGGGUGGAAUCAGACGCGGAGCUUGAGCAGCAGGGCACAAGCAGGAAUGGAAAUGGAGGUCCGAUUGCCUCAGGAAUGGACUUAUUGAGCUAGUUCCCUGGUGGGUGAGGGCAAGUUUUGGGACAUCGGAAGGAAAGCAAGUAUCUGAUAGCGGUAGUAUGACGAGGGUGUGAUAGAGGGAAGAGUAGUAGUUAAGAAGGAAAAGUGCAGUAGACAAAGCAUAGGAGAAAAGUAAGAGGGGGUUUCCUUUUGGGGAAUGGUAAUCGUAACAAUAAGUGACGAAGGUUGAUUUGUUAAGGAAGAAGGGAGUGCGCAUGGAUUUUGUUCAUUAUUGCAAGGUGGUAUGUCAUCUCUUCUCCUUUCCAAGUAAUAAUAAUUGCAGAAUUGGGUCUGCCAUUUCUUUUAGUAGUCAUGGUAGUAUUGGUGCCUGACCUUGCUGGGGAGUCACGGGUUGUAGCAAGAGAGUGGUUUUGUAACAAUCCAUGAAUCUGAGCUCGCGACGCUCUGUAAUUGUAGCAGCGAAGUUGCAGUUACAGCCGGCUCUGAUCUAAUGUAAUGGCCCCCCUCCCUUCUUACUUCCUUGUAAUAACAGUAAAUGAAAUGUCUUUUUGCGUUGAAGUAGUAGGAAUCGUGGAGCUAUGCGGUUGCCGGCUGGCCGGGCGUCAGUCUUAGCCUUCGAUGUUAAAAUUAGGACACUGGGAGGUGGUGGGGUAAUUGGGCAUUGUUUCAAUGAUAAACUAAACGAGAUCUCAGAUCUUUCUCCUUUCCACCACUUGCUCUGUUCUUCUGUACAACAAACAACUCGUAGAAAUCUUGACCAGGAAGAUGGGGGUGGGGAUGCAAGUGCAAUUAGUAAGUAGCCGAGUUUUCUCUCCUCCAGAUCCGGCUAGUUGCUCCAUUACUGUCAUCUCUCUUUUUUCUUUUUCUUUUUCUUCUGCUUUACUGUUUUUUUUAUUUCUUAUUUUAAAUUUGAGCUGUCGGGUUUGGGUACUACUGGAGUGGCGAGUGGGGAUUGGGGCUCCGGCCCGGGAUAGUUCGUUCCUUACGAGUUAAGUUAGUAGUCUGAGUCUCUCUUGUUCAAAAAAAAAAAAAAAAAAAGUAUUCUGAGUCUCUCGUUCUCAGUAUACAAAAUACUGUAGCAAGUGUGUAAAGCUGUAUUAGUGGGUCUUCGUCUUUUCUGUACGUGUCGUGUGCUGCCCGUUUCUGAUUUUCUUUCUUUCUGUCAUUUUCACCAAUAGGUUCGACAUUUUUGGGUAUUUUUAUGUAUUUAUUAUAUAAUAAUUCCUUAAGGGUGGGUUUUCAUAAUUAUCUUUCCGUCGGCUUUGCCUAAUGAGGCAACAAAAUGUUGUUGUUGGGAAAGAGAGAGAAAUGUACUCGACUAGUAGAUGUCCCUCUCACCGUGGCCGUACGGAGCCGGCCCGGUCGGCCUAAUUUUCUUUCAUCCAAUUACCAAUUUUUGUAUAUGCAGUUUAAUUAUUAUUUAUUACAAGUAGCGGCAACGUAGCUAGAUAGAUGGUGUUGCCGAUUAAGGAAGCGGAGGUGUUGGGUAUGCGCCUUCAUGUGUGGCUACGGCGUCGAAGUCGUUGGUUGAGGUGUCGUUUGCUGCGGUUGUGUCUUGCAGUAGGGAUGUCAAUGGGUCGGAUUGAUCCGGGUUUUGUCAAACCCAAAUUCAUAGGGUUAUCCAUUAAAAAAAUCUUGGGUAAAAUUUUUUGAGUUCCAAAAACUCAAAUCCUACCCAAUCUGAUGGGUAUCGGCGGGUUCAUGGUUGCCCGUGGAUUUUUGUGUAAAAAAAUAAAAUAACAAGUUUCUUUCAAAAACAAAAAUCUAACAUAAAUUUUCUCAUACAAAUUAUCCAUACAUAAAACACCAAUCUAGCGCAUACAAGCAGUGACGAAUCCAGAACUUAGUAGAGCAUUGAGCCGCAUUUGAAUAGAAAAUUAUAUACCGCAAAUAAAUUAGGUACAACAUAACAUCAUAAUCAACAACCAUCAUCACAAAUUAAAAAUUAAGAUCCUUCAUACAACCGAUCGAGAACUAGAAAGGAGCAUGGUAUGAGAAGACAACCCAAAAUCAAGAAAUUAGAAGAGCACCAAUACCACCAUCGAUCAACAUGGCCACCACUAUGCCCUGCCGUCUAUCAGGCGCUGGCCAAUAUCACUUGAAUCCAACCUCUCUCCCUUUAACCACCGUCACCAAAAUCGAGUUCUAAUUGUCGUCUUUUUCUACAUCCAGUCAACGUUUGUACUUUAAAUACAAAUGCCAGUUGCAGUUGUGGAUGAGGAUCAAUAUGUUCUUCAAUUAUAAUUUCUAAUACUCUUCCCCGACUAUAGAAGGUCAGUUGAUGUUUCAAAAUCACAACUAGUAUGCUUGAAUGACAUCAAUUGAUGACAUGCAUUUUCUAUUUGCUGUCUUUUUCCACCGUUGCUUCAUAUUGAUUUCCAAAUUCUGCAACACUCGUGGUAAAGGAAACCGGAUCGUACCUGCCGGUUCAACCGGUAAUCGGGCCAGUGACGAAACGGCACCCCUACCAGCCCUUUUCUACCGUGCCGGCCGGUAUAAUCGGCGUAACCGGCAUAUCCCGGUAUCCCGUCCAGUUUAAAUCAGACCGGCGGUAAGGAAAAUAUCCUAUAACCCGUUUUCGCUUCCGCCAUUGCUCGCAUCUUUUUCAUAUGUUUCUUUCUUAGCAGCUCGCCGACGUUCCUACAGAAGAGCUGGGAAUCGAGGGCCAGAUUUACAAUUUUAUGACAGUCGGCACCGAAGAGGGCACGGAAGAGGCGGCGAAGAACGACCUCGGCGAUAGCUCCUUAUGGCCCAAAAGUACGAUCAGACUCAAGGCUUUAAUGGAAGAAAUGGGCAACAAUGAUGAUCGUCGAUUUUGCAGAGUCUUCAUCAUGGAUAUGCAAGAUGAAAGAGAUUUUCAACCAUUUUUCUGAUGAGAAUUUGGCUUCGAUGGACACUGCAUGUCUGCAACAGAGAAAAGGAUACAAAAUUGGGGAGAAGAAGAUAAGAGAGAAAGAGAUAGCGAAUAGGAGAAAUCAGAAUCCAAAACCUUAUCUCCUUUUGUACACGUAUCUAGUUUUUAUCUCCAAAAUAAAUGAAAAAAUAAUUA